UUCAUCCAUUCUUUCCUUCAUCUCUUCAAAACCUAUCAUCGGGUCGGGUUGCGCAUUCCCGGAGCACCGUCGGAAACAUGACAGGAUCGUUAGCGUCUAGGUUCGUCCUUCGCCGCUCGUCGUCGUUGCCGCCGAGUCGGUUCCUCUUCCGCCGCGGAGUCUCGCUGCCGGCGACCGAGAAGACGAAGGAGGCAUUUACUCCGGCGAGAGGCUUGCCGGCGUUCGAUCACACUCCGACGGCGUACUCCGGCAUCUCCGCCGAUGAGAUCCUGGCGAAGCGAAGGGAGUACCUCAGUCCUUCGAUCUACCACUUCUAUAAAAACCCGCUGCAGGUGGUGGAGGGGAAGAUGCAGUACCUGUUCGACGAGAAGGGGAGGAGGUACCUGGACGCUUUCGGAGGGAUUGCUACGGUGUGCUGCGGGCACUGCCACCCCGAUGUGGUCGCGGCCAUCGUCCAACAAACGAAGCGCUUGCAGCACUCCACGGUUCUUUACCUGAACCCCGCCAUAGCGGAAUUUGCCCAAGCUUUGGCUUCUACGCUUCCCGGUAAUCUUAAGGUGGCGUUUUUCACAAAUUCUGGAACGGAAGCAAACGAAUUGGCGAUACUAAUAGCAAGAUUGUACAGCGGCUACCAUGACAUAAUAUCUCUAAGGAAUUCUUACCAUGGGAAUGCUGGUGGGACAAUGGGGGCCACAGCUCAAAGCAUUUGGAAAUUUAAUGUUGUGCAGAGUGGCGUUCAUCAUGCGCUAAAUCCAGACCCUUACAGAGGGCUUUUCGGUUCUGAUGGGGAGAAGUAUGUAAGAGAUGUUGAAGAAAUCAUCAAUUUCGGAACUUCUGGAAAUGUUGCAGCCUUCAUAUCUGAAUCUAUACAGGGAAUAGGGGGCAUCGUUGAAUUGGCUCCUGGUUACUUGUCUGCUGCCUACAAUACAGUAAGAAAAGCUGGAGGUCUUUGUAUUGCUGACGAGAUUCAGGCUGGGGUUGCCCGCACUGGUAGCCAUUUCUGGGGAUUUGAGGCCCAUGGUGUUGUACCUGACAUAGUAACAAUAGCAAAGGGCAUUGGAAACGGCAUUCCUGUUGGUGCUGUUGUAACUACUCCUGAGAUUGCAAAGGCCUUGACUCGCCGAAAUUAUUUCAACACCUUUGCUGGGAAUCCCGUUUGCACUGCUGCAGGAUUGGCUGUUUUAAGAGUAAUAGAGAAAGAGAAGCUUCAAGAAAAUGCGUUUGUAGUGGGUUCCUAUUUGAAAGAGAGGCUCACUGCGCUCAAGGACAAAUAUGAAUUAAUUGGUGAUGUGAGAGGAAGAGGCAUGAUGCUCGGAGUUGAACUUGUCACCGAUCGCCAACUUAAAACACCAGCAAAAGAUGAAACACUGCAUGUUAUGGACCAAAUGAGAGAAUUAGGAGUGCUGAUUGGAAAGGGUGGCUACUAUGGAAAUGUAUUCAGAAUUACGCCUCCCUUAUGUUUCACCAAAGAAGAUGCAGAUUUCCUGGUGGAUGCGAUGGACUACACAUUUUCCAGAAUGUGAAGCUUAUAUAAGAACCGAGCGUAAAUAAAUAUGUAUUAAUUUUUAUCUUAUGUAAACUGUACUAGACCAUGUAUAUAGACUAUGGCAAGUAAAAUUUAUGAACCUUACAAGCAGGCUUAUAACUUAUUCCCAAAGUUGCUCACUGUCAAUCCAUAAAACACUUUUGUA